CACAAGACCGUGUAUUAAUCUUGGUAAAAUCGUAUAGCAUGCAAGAAAAGCGAAACCGGCACGUGAAAAUAGAAUUAAGGGGGAGAAGCCAUUUCACCCCGAAGGCGAGGCAGGUGUAACACGAAGGACAAGAAAGUUCCCUUCUGUAGGGACUGUUAUAUCUGAAGUAAUAUAUCUCUAAGCAUGCAACCUUUUCUCGGACUAGUUAAAAUUUCUAUUGGCCGUUGUUCUAUAUUUUUUUCAACAUGCAAAUUCCGAAAGUUACCCCUAUUUUUGUAAUGGGGAUGAAGAAUCAAUGUGCCAGUUACGAAUCAACCCUUGAAAAAGAUUCCACAUUUUUAUUCGGAUGUUAAUGGCGUUGUGUUUUGUUUUUAAAUUGGUUUAUGCAUAAAACAUUUUUCGUUUUCAUAUUUAAAUGGCCGUGUUUAUAUUUUCAUUUUUAUGCUGCGAAGUGUAGAAAUGACUGUUAUGUCGGUUUACGCGUUUUUCCCCAUAUUUUCGAUGGAUUUUCAACGAAUUUACCGCCGCUGAAAACAAGUUGCCGGCUUUGAUAUGAAGAAUCGUCAUUGCAAAAGAUAAAGAAAAAAACAACCUCGACAAUUAUUCGUAAACAGCUCUCUAUCAUGUAAUCGGCAAACCGACUCGAAUAAAAAAUAAUAUAAAUGAAGAAGAUGUCGACAGGAGGAGGUAAAAAGCCAUCGAAUCCUAAACAACCACCGGAAGAUAAAUCAGCUGCUGGAAGUGGACCUGCGAAAGAUGAGAACUAUUCGACAGAGAAACGUGACUCGAUCAAAGGAGAUCAACUACCUGGUAUUAGUUCGAAACCGAGCAGUGCUGGAUCUUCGAAUCGAGAUGCUGCUCAGAGGAUUCUGCAGCUGUGCCAGAAAGGUGAAUGGCCUCCGGCUGAGCAGGCCAUUAAGAAUUUGGAAAAAGUUAUCGCGUCCGGGGGUGAAGAUGCGGGAUCGAUGCCUUUGGCUGGAGUCUCUGAUGUGACUACUGGAAUGACACCAUUGAUGUUAGCGGUAAAGGAAAAUCGAUCUUCGUUGAUUGAUCGGCUCAUCGAUCUUGGAUGCGAUGUAUCUGCGAGGAAUUUUGAAAAUUGUAAUGUUUUGCAUAUCGCUGCCAUGUAUUCUAGAGAAGACGUGGUAAAAAUGUUAAUCGCCAAGAAAGGUGUCGAUGUCGGCGCACCUGGUGGUCCAAAACUGCAGUCUGCUGUUCAUCUGGUGGCGAGUAGACAAACAGGCACGGCUACGAGUAUUCUCAGGGUAUUACUCAAUAUUGGCGGAAAAGAGAUUCGAUUGAAGCCUGAUGGCACUGGCAGAAUUCCCUUAUUGCUGGCCGUGGAGGCCGGAAAUCAGUCCAUGUGUCGAGAGUUACUAUCAGUGCUGCCAACAGAACAACUGAAAUGUGCCACCGAUACAGGAGAUACCGCUUUGCAUUUAGCUGCUCGACGUAGAGAUCUAGAUAUGGUCAAGAUAUUGGUAGAUUAUGGAGCGAAUGUUGAUUCUCAGAAUGGUGAAGGUCAAACCCCAUUGCAUAUAGCUUCCGCUGAAGGAGACGAUCUGCUUGUUAAAUAUUUUUACAGUGUACGUGCCAGUGCUUCCAUUACCGACAAUCAAGACCGGACUCCGAUGCAUUUAGCUGCUGAGAAUGGCCACGCAACCAUAAUCGAGCUUCUAGCUGAUAAAUUUAGGGCUUCCAUUUUUGAAAGGACAAAAGAUGGCAGUACUUUGAUGCAUAUCGCCUCCCUGAAUGGGCAUGCUGAUUGCGCAAUGAUGCUGUUCAAAAAAGGAGUCUACUUGCAUAUGCCAAAUAAGGGUGGUGCUCGUAGUAUCCAUACUGCUGCUCGAUACGGUCACGUAGGAAUCAUAAACACACUUUUACAAAAAGGAGAAAAAGUAGACGUGACGACGAACGAUAACUAUACGCCUUUGCAUAUCGCUGUCGAAUCCGGUAAACCAGCUGUGGUUGAAACGUUACUAGGUUUCGGAGCCGAUGUACACGUUCGAGGUGGAAAAAUGAAAGAAACUCCUUUACAUAUCGCUGCCAGAGUGAAAGACGGAGAUAGAUGCGCGCUCAUGUUGUUAAAAUCUGGAGCUGCUCCUAAUUUGGCUACAGACGAUGGCGAGACUCCGGUUCAUGUGGCUGCGAAACAUGGCAAUUUGCAGACGUUGUCUUUACUCUUGGAUGAUGGCGGAGAUCCUUUGUUCACUAAUAAGAGAGGAGAAACGCCGCUUCAUCUGGCUUGUCAAAGUCGUCGAAACGAAGUAGUUCGUCAACUGAUCGAAUUCGUAAAAGCUCGAGACGGUGUAGACGUGGCCACCUCUUAUGUAAAUGGUGUAAACGAAGAUGGCGCUUCGUCCCUCCACUAUGCAGCCGAAGAAGUCAACACUGAAGCCACUGCUCUCUCAGCCAAUCGUGAUGUAGUGAAACUAUUGCUAGAAAAUGGAAUCGAUGUGACUUUGGCUAAAAAAGCUACCCACGAAACAGCCUUUCAUUUCUGCGCGGAUGUUGGCAAUAAUGACGUAUUAUGCACAACUCUCGAAUUCAUGAGCACCGCAGAUGUGCAGAAAGCGAUGAAUAAGCAGACUACCAUCGGAUGGACUCCGUUAUUGAUCGCGUGCCACCGAGGUCACAUGGAAUUGGUCAAUACGAUGUUGAAUAAUCACGCCAGAGUGGACGUUUUCGAUUUAGAAGGUCGUUCCGCUUUGCAUUUGGCUGCAGAUCGAGGAUAUCUACAGGUAUGCGACGCAUUACUCACCCACAAAGCAUUUAUCAACAGUAAAACAAGAGUUGGCAGGACUGCGUUGCAUUUGGCGGCAAUGAACGGAUUCGCCGACUUGUGCAGAUUUCUCGUCCACGACCACAACGCCGUUAUCGACAUCCUAACCCUACGAAAACAGACACCUCUGCAUUUAGCCGCAGCCGCCGGCCAACUGGAAGUUUGCACGCUGCUUCUAGAACUCGGUGCCAGUAUCGACGCAACAGAUGACCAAGGUCAGAAACCUAUCCACGUCGCAGCUCAAAAUAACUACCCGGAGGUGGUGAAGUUAUUCCUACAACAGCAUCCUUCUCUCGUAAUGGCCUGUACAAAAGGAGGUAAUACCUGCGCCCACAUCGCAGCCAUGCAAGGAUCCGUUCGUGUGAUCGAAGAAUUAAUGAAAUUUGACCGAACUGGUGUUAUUUCCACGCGAAACAGGAUAACCGAAGCUACUCCUUUGCAAUUAGCAGCCGAAGGAGGGCACGCUGAAGUUGUCAAAGUGUUGGUUCGAGCUGGAGCAUCGUGUACCGAAGAAAACAAGGCUGGUUUCACUGCUGUGCAUUUAGCUGCUCAAAACGGUCACCUGCCUGUAUUGGAAGUGCUCAGAUCGACUCAGUCGUUGAGAUUAUCGAGUAAAAAACUAGGUUUAACUGCCCUUCAUGUUGCCGCAUUUUAUGGACAAACAGAAACCGUUCGAGAAUUAUUAUCUCACAUCCCAGCCACGGUUAAAUCCGAUGCCCCGACCGGUAUAAGUAUACUGGGCGAAUUAGGCACCGAAUCCGGAAUGACUCCUUUGCAUUUAGCCGCAUACAGUGGUAACGAAAACGUAGUCAGGUUACUGCUGAACUCUGUCGGAGUACAAGUCGAAGCUGUAACCAAUGAAAAUAGCUAUAAUCCGCUUCAUCUGGCGUGUUUCGGAGGACACGUGGCUUCGGUGAGUUUAUUACUCUCGAGAGCUGCAGACCUGCUUCAUAGUUCCGAUCGAGGAGGCAGAACAUGCCUGCAUAUUGCUUCAACUCACGGACAUUAUCAAAUGGUCGAGGUUCUUUUGGGACAAGGUGCUGAGAUAAAUGAAACUGAUAAAAAUGGCUGGACUGCUCUUCAUUGUGCUGCCAGAGCUGGUUAUUUGGAUGUGGUGAAACUGCUUGUCGAAUCUGGAGCUUCUCCGAAAUCUGAGACUAAUUAUGGUUCAGCUCCUAUCUGGUUUGCUGCUCAAGAAGGCCAUAACGAUGUUUUGGAAUAUUUACUCACCAGAGAACACGAUACGUAUAGUUUAAUGGAAGAUCGAAGAUUCGUUUACAAUUUAAUGGUCUGUAGCAAAAAUCAUAAUAACAAACCUAUCGAAGAAUUCAUUCUGGUGUCUCCUGCUCCGGUGGAUACGGCUGCCAAACUUUCGAGUAUUUACGUGAAUAUGUCCAAUAAAGAAAAAGAGCGCGCUAAAGACCUGAUCGCAGCUGGAAAACAAUGCGAAAGUAUGGGCACAGAACUGUUGGCAUUAGCAGCCGGUUCAGAUUCGGCUGGAAAAAUUCUCACAGCAACGGAUCGACGAAACAUCGAAUUUCUCGAUAUUCUCAUCGAAAACGAACAAAAAGAAACGAUCGCGCAUACAGUUGUCCAACGGUAUCUUCAGGAAUUGUGGCAAGGAAGCUUAAACUGGGCAGCUUGGAAGACAAUCCUCAUGUUCCUAGCAUUUAUUUUCUGUCCACCUGUCUGGAUCUGCUUUACUUUAUCCUUAGGUCAUAAAUAUCAUCAAAUUCCUAUCAUUAAAUACAUGUCCUAUUUAACCUCCCAUUUAUAUCUAAUGUGUUUACUAAUGAUCGUCGGUAUCACUCCGAUUUAUCCUGUACAAAGACCUCACCUAACCCCUUAUUGGUACGAAUACGUGUUGCUGGUCUGGCUUUCGGGUCUUUUACUCUUCGAAUUAACCAACCCAAGUGAUAAAAGCGGUCUCGGCUGGAUCAAAGUAGCUGUUCUGCUAUUCGGCAUUUUCGGCGUUGGGUUCCAUUUACUCGGACUAGUCUACGUAGAAGCUUACAAUUGGCCCACGUUGAUGUACCUGCGCAAUCAACUAUUCGCCAUUGCUUUUUUAUUAGCCUGCGUGCAAAUUUUGGAUUUCCUCUCGUUCCAUCAUUUGUUCGGUCCUUGGGCUAUUAUCAUAGGAGAUUUGAUGAAAGACUUGGCCAGAUUUUUAGCCGUAUUGGGUAUCUUCGUGUUUGGAUUCUCGAUGCAUAUCGUAGCCCUGAAUCAACCUAACAAAACUACUUACGAAAGAGGACAAAAGAAACUGUUCUCUGAUGUCAAAAUGAAUCCAAUAACCGCCUUCGAGUUGUUGUUUUUCGCCGUCUUUGGUCAAACGACAGCUGAGAGUUUGCAAAGUGACGCCAAUAGUAAUCCUGGAUAUGUGUCCGUAUUUUUCAAAAUUGUCUACGGUGUUUACAUGUUGGUCUCGGUCGUCGUGCUUAUCAAUUUACUCAUUGCUAUGAUGAGCGAUACCUAUCAACGUAUUCAGGCUCAAUCUGACAUCGAGUGGAAAUUCGGCUUGGCCAAGUUGAUCAGAAAUAUGCACCGCACUACUACCACACCAUCGCCGUUGAAUUUGAUUACCACUUGGUUAAUGUUUUUGAUACACUUGUGCAAACAAAAAUUAAAACAACGCAAGAAGCCCAGUCUCUUGCAACUUGUCAACUUCCAUUCGAAAAAUCGUCUCAGCGCUAGAACGAAAAUGGGCGCCAGAUGGUUGGCCAAAGUGAAGAAGAAUCAAGUGAUUCCUAAAGAUUCGGUUACCGUAGGCGUAGUCCACCUAAGCCCUCUCGGGUCUCAGUUGAGCUUCGGAAACACCACUCGAAUCGAGAACGUGGCCGACUGGGAAUCGAUAGCCAAGAAAUACCGAGCUUUGAUGGGAGACGUGGAUGAAAACAAGACUCGAGAUACGGCCGCCGUUAGCACGGAAUCAAUUAUGAUCUCAAACGAUAGCGAAAUUGUUUUACAAAAUAACGUAAACGCUGUUAAUCCCUCCGUUUGAUGUUUGGAUUUCAAAACAACCGCGAGGUUUGUAAAAAUAAUUAAUCGGUGGCGGAUAAUGGUCGAUGGUGUAAAGCCGCGCAAAGAGUGCUUCGAUUUUUACGUGUAUUUUUAACCAUAUUUUAUUACCUAACUAUUUGUACGUAUUUUUAAUAAAUUCGAAAUAACAUUAUUA